GUGCCCCUCCACCCAUCACUACCCCUCCAUCCACAUCCCAAUUAUCACCAGCACAGCACCACCGCAACUCUAAAUUACCACGAAUCUCACCACCCCUCUUCAAUUCGAUCUUCAAGUCCUCCCACCAUGUCGCCAAUCCCCAUAACGAUUCUUACCGGCUUCCUCGGCUCAGGGAAAACAACUCUAAUCCUCAACCUUCUCCCACAACUGCACGCCCUCAACCCCUCCUACCGUCUCGCUCUUCUCAAAAAUGAGUUCGGAGAUCUCGCUGUCGAUUCCCAGCUUGCUUCUUCAUCCUCCAUAACUUCCGUGCGGGAAAUGCUCAACGGGUGUAUAUGUUGUAAUCUCGUCGGUUCUCUAUCUUCGGCGCUUCAAGAAUUGCAGGAGAGUUUACCAGUCAAAGUCAACGGAUCAACCGGGGAGGAAGAGAAGGGAAGUUUGGAUAGAAUUAUAAUUGAAACAUCUGGCUCGGCAUUCCCUGCUACGUUGGCUAUGGAGGUCAAUAGGAUUGCGAGGGAAACAAAGGGGGCUUAUGUAUUGGAUGGUGUGAUUUCGGUGAUUGAUGUCGAGAAUUGGAAGGGAUAUGAAGAUACGAGUUAUACGGCGAGAUUACAGGCCAAAUAUACGGAUUUGGUGGUUUUCAAUAAGUGGGAGGGGGUCAGUGAGAGAAGGUUCGAUGAAUGCUUGGAUAGAUUAGGGGAUUUGGAAGUUCAGGUCGCUUGGGUCAAGAGUGAUAAGGGGUCAGUGGGGGUAGAUGUUGUAUGUGGAGUUGACGGAGGACUGGCUAGAGGAUUGGUCGAUGAUGUUGAUGGAAAGGAGAAUGGUCAUAGCCAUGACCAUACAAAUGGCGAUCAUAAACACGAACAUUCCCACGACCAUCAAUCCGAAGUCGAAGUCCUAUCCAUAACCCUCACAUCAUCUUCUCCAUCCUCAACAAUAUCUCUCGAUCCCCUCAACAAACUCCUCACCAAAGCACCCAAAGAUGAAGUAUACCGCAUCAAGGCAGUUUUAUCCUCAAGCUCUCCCAUUCCACCUUCUGAUUCUUCACUCUCGCCGCCCGAAUCUGACAUCUCUGCAUCCUCAUCCUCAUCGAACUCUACUUCUGAUCUCACACCAACACCUGCAAAGUAUAUUCUCAACUGGGCGUUUGGUCGUUGGACAAGCACAAAAAUGGAAGUACAGCAAUUGGAAAAGGAACACGAGAGUAGCCAAGGAGAAGGCGUAGUAUUGAGAAUGACGAUUGUGACGGCGAGAGAUGAGAGUAAUAAGUGGAAAAAGAGGAUUGAAGGAGGUGGUUGGGUGGAGAUUGAUGGGGGAGAGGGAGAAUUGAAGGUGGUGAGAAUUUUGUGAUGAUUGAAAGAUUGAAUAAGGAUCUGUAAAAGGCAUAGACGGCGUGUGAGAACUGGGAUGCAUGAUACAUAGAUACCAUGAUGCUGUUAAAGAAAGAGAUAACCUGCUUUUAUAUAUAGUUAUGGAUAGAGAAAAGCGAGAAGGAUUGAUAAAAUGAGUGCGCAGCUGAUCUGGAUGCCGAACUAUCAAAUACUUGGUUCUGCAAGUGCA